GCUAUGUGUGUGUAUGUGUGUGCGUGUGUGUGUUUGUGAGUGUGUUCGAGGCUCGUCGGCCUGCAGGGGAACUUGAAAACUUCACUGCGCUCAGCGAGAGAGAUCUGUGAGCGGAGGUUUGGCGACUGGGAGUGGAAUCGGCUGCUUACAGUCCCGCUGCGAUCGACUGAGGACGACCGGUCCGGUUCUCGGCAUUGGAACGAUUUCCGGCCAACAUGGAUGAUUUAGAUGCUUUGUUGGCGGACCUUGAGUCCACAACAUCCCACAUUUCCAAGCGUCCGCUCUUCCUGUCUGAUGAGACCGCUUACUCCUUCCCUGUUGGGGGUCAGACCCAGCAAGACACCGGCUCUCCACCCCAAGUCCCGCCCACUCCCUCUGAGCAAAACGGACUAGAUGAAACAGAGUCUUUCGGCUCAGCUCAGAGAAGUCCCUGGUCUAGAGACAGCAGCAGUCCAACCCAACCCAUUGGUGAAGAGGACCACGUAUACAGUUUCCCUAAUAAGCAGAAGAGCAGUGAGUCAUCAGCUGUUGCCAUGAACUCAUCAUUGGGCAGCAACCUGUCUGAGCUGGACCGCCUGCUGCUAGAGCUCAACGCUGUCCAGCAAAGCACCCCUGCCUUCCCCACAGAAGAGGAAGCUGCUCCCCCACUGCCAGCCAGCAGCGUCAUCCACCAUAUCCAGGAGAAUGGAGUCUCCACUGCUGGCAAGGCUGCGCCACCUGUACUGGAGAAGCCCAAACGAGGCGUGGCAGCUCGCGGAAUAGAGGAUGUACGACCAAGUGUAGAGAGCCUUCUGGAUGAGCUGGAAAGUUCCGUGCCCUCACCCAUUCCCACACCGUUGGUUGUGUCAGACGAACAGACGGACGGACAAGAGGAAACGGCAGCACAGCAGCAAGCCAGAAUGUCUGCCUCCUCUGCCACACGAGAGCUGGAUGAGCUGAUGGCCUCCCUGUCUGACUUCAAAGUCCAAAGCAACAUCCAGUCCCAGGGAAAGACUUCUCCCACCGGUCCCCCCAAACCAGCCAACAAGCUGGACAACAUGCUGGGAAGCCUGCAGUCCGACCUCAACAGACUCGGAGUCCAGACGGUGGCUAAAGGUGUCUGUGGAGCCUGCAAGAAACCCAUCGUUGGGCAGGUGGUGACUGCCAUGGGCCGAACGUGGCACCCUGAGCACUUUGUGUGCACCCACUGCCAGGAGGAGAUAGGCUCCAGGAACUUCUUUGAGCGAGAGGGGCAGCCUUACUGUGAGAAGGACUACCACAACCUGUUCUCACCACGAUGCCACUACUGUAAUGGACCCAUACUGGAUAAAGUAGUGACUGCUUUGGACAAGACUUGGCACCCAGAGCACUUCUUCUGUGCCCAGUGUGGAGCCUUUUUUGGACCAGAAGGUUUCCAUGAGAAGGAUGGAAAGGCGUUCUGCAGAAAGGACUACUUUGACAUGUUUGCCCCUAAAUGUGGCGGCUGUGCUCGUGCCAUCCUGGAGAACUACAUCUCUGCUCUCAACUCACUCUGGCACCCCGAAUGCUUCGUCUGCAGGGAGUGCUUCACGCCAUUCAUAAACGGCAGCUUCUUCGACCACGACGGCCAGCCGUACUGCGAGUCGCACUACCACGAGCGGCGCGGCUCGCUGUGCUCCGGCUGCCAGAAGCCCAUCACCGGCCGCUGCAUCACUGCCAUGGGCAAGAAGUUCCACCCAGAGCACUUUGUGUGCGCUUUCUGCCUCAAGCAGCUGAACAAAGGCACCUUCAAGGAGCAGAAUGACAAGCCCUACUGCCAAGGCUGCUUUAUUAAACUCUUCAGUUAGACUGUGUGUUUGUGUAUAAAUGUGUGUGUACACGCGUCUACAUGUUCUUUCACAUGUCCGGAUGUACGUGUGGAUGUGUGUGCACUCACAUGUAUGAGUCAGUGAAGUGUUUUUUGAGACUGAGGGCGUUGAUGCGCUGGUGGAUCACAUCAUUAAGGGUGAGAAAUGUCUCUGACUAUUAUUGACCCUUUACACUGAAGGGACUUCCCCAGCUGUCCAACCUCUCAGGCUUGGCAUUUCACACUUUUGCUAAAGACAUUUUUAACAGAGCCCAAAGAGAUUUUCAUUUGGAGUUUUCUCCCCGUGUGUAGCAAAGAAGAUAUGUUAAUUUCUCCUUGUGUGUGUGUACAUAUAUAAGCAUAUGAGGGUUUAAUUAAGAGCCCUAAUUUGUAAAUGAUUUUAUUCCCCCACUGCAGGGCAAGACCUUGCACCAUAUGGUAGUUUUAUGCAGAUAUGAGACAGCUGCUUAAUUGCAUGGACCACGGAGAGUUGACUAAAGCAGUUAGAAAAAAAAGAAAUUGACUUUUGAGUGUUGAAUGCCCAGUGUAUGGCCAAUGAGUGUUGGAACAAUCUAUGAAAAAGAUGUUAUUUUUCUAGCUUUGGAAACUAUUGAGGUGCCAUUUAAUAGAAUCAUGAAAACACUGCAUAUGUACACGCACACAGACACACACUGAACUCUUCCUUCCCAAAUACCAGUUCAAACUCUUUGUACACUCUAACCACAGAUCUCUUGAUGAGACCGUCUUAAGGUGCAUUUUACAGGCGUCAGCAAGAUAUUAGCUAGUCCUUAUUUUUCUACUCUUUUACUAUGAAAAUGAGCCCAGAUGUUUUCUCCGUUUCAGCAUACAUUGCAUUCACAUUCAUGCUCUUGUAACUCCAAUCAAGCAUUAGAAAGAAACCUUUUUUUUUUCCCUGUAGCAACAUGGAACGUUUUUGCUUUCCUGCUGCAAAGUGUGCGUUUUGUCAUUUACAGUAAUGUUCAAAUAAAAUUAAACAGUUGUGACUCCAGAUGACAAAAAGUAGGUCAAUAAGAAUAAUGUAUGUGCUGUGGUUAUUAAUGUUGAACUUGUGGUGCAAUUUAAAAUGAGCCAAAAACAAAGGUGAUUGUCUUUACUCCCAUUUAAAAGUGGAGGUUCUACUGCUGUACUACCCACACAGAGUAAAUUCAGAAGAAUUCAAUUCAGAAUAAAUAAUGCCUCAGUUCACCAUUUUCCCCAGAUUUUGCCAUUGCUUCGGUUGUGAAUUUAUCAGUAUAGUAAAAUCUAUUAAUACGGCUGUUUCAAGCUUUAGAAUAUGGUUGUUGGAUUAGAAGCAUGCUUUCUUUUAUCUGGCGUUUUUUUGUCAGCACUAGCUGCCAAUUGCUGUUACAAUCAGAACUGAAAUUUCUAUACCUGUAAUAUGCUCGACUUUGUGGCAGAACUGUGUUUUGUCGCUGUUUUGAUGAAAAUAUAUAUAUUUUUGAGCUGUUCGGGCUCACACUGAUAUGCAAAGAGCUGGCUCUAUCGGCAUGUAGGCUAACAGUAGGUUACCCUGUUCUCACAUCUCGUACCAGCUUGGAUUCCAAUGUGUCAGACUUCCAAGGAAACGCGGCCCUGAUUGUUCUUACCGAGUCAUGGACUAUGAUCCAGCUGUCAGAGUUUAUAUCAGCGCUUGGCUCACUGAUGGAAGCUGGAUGUCAGUGUUAGCUGGUCAGGAAGCAGAAUACAACACCAAGCCAGGGCCAAGCCUUGAGCAAAACUUAUGUAAUGACUCAUUUCAUCUUUAUUUUACUUGCAGCUCUGUUUUGCCACAUAUAUACGAGACAAUGUGUGAUUUUUUUUUUAUACAAUACUGCUUGUCUUUAAUUUUGAUCACUAGGUGUGCAAGGAGUGAAUACACAGUAUCCACAUUAAGAUUAUUUUUACGUUGAGAAGAUGUUUGCUCUUGUGCCAAAUGUGUCAAUGCAAUAAGGUCUUAUACACUGUGGCGUUCUCAACCUUUCCUGUGAUUUGACUCUUCAUGGGCUGAACUCUGGGAGAGGCUUCUUCUGCUGUGGAUGCAUCUUAACUCAUAACACCUUAACGUUUACACUGUAUUAGGCAAGCCAAGGGGAAACCUUCUGUACUGAGUCGUUUAGCAGGCAGUAUGGUGUACACUUGUAGCUGAUUCAGAUUUACAGGAAGUAGCAGGGGAAAAUGAACACGAAUUGCGAGUUAAUUUUGCCCCGUGUAUAUUUAUCUGCUUAUAGUUUUUGCUUCUGUCAAAGAAUUCAUGAAAAAAAAAUCAAAGCCUUUUACUGUUAAAGAGUAAGUGAACUUUGCUUUGUAAAUGGAGAUGUCCAUGUGAUCUUUGACUUUUUUUUAAUUUUCUCAUGAGCCACAACUUUUACUGGCUCUCUGUUUGGGUGGGGUGUAAGCCUAUGUGGGUCCUGAUUACUGACUGAUUAUUAUAACUGCUGCAAAUAAAAUAAGUACUUGAUUUCUGGCA